AUGGCGGCAUUCAGGUCAGAGUUCCAGCCGCGAAGCGACGACAUUCCCUUGACAUCCUUCCCCAAAACAGGAGCAACUUGGCUCAUGGCUCUCUGCCACAACAUCCUCCACCUCGAAGAAGACGACAACAUUCUGACAAAGAUGAAACCGCACGACGUCGUUCCCGCGCUCGACGUCGUUUACCUUGCGGAUCAAGUCCAACAUGCUCUGCUCGAUUCGGGUCGCACCACCGGCCGAUUGCUCCACACUCAUUUGCCUUACAGUUGCUUGUCGGAGGCCGUGAGGAACUCCGGGUGCAAGUUCGUGCACCUGGCCCGGAACCCGAAGGACAUGUUGGUGUCGAUGUGGCAUUUCUACAACAAGAUUGUAAAACUCAACCCGACGAUGCCUUCUGCCUCAUUCCCGAUGGAGGGAGCAGUGGAGAGCUUCUGCAGUGGGGUUCUGCCUUUCGGGCCCUUUUACGAACACGUGGUGGGCUACUGGGAAGAGAGCAAGAAGCGGCCGGACAAGGUGUUGUUUCUCAAGUACGAGGAGCUGCGUCGAGACCCCAAAGAGCAAGUGAGGAAGCUGGCUUCGUUUCUGGGGAAGCUGUUUUCCACGACGACAGCGGCCGAUGGAGAUGAUGAUGAUGAGGUGGUGGUGGAGAAAGUGUUGUGGCGUAGUAGCUUCGGUAGGCUCAAGGAGUUGGAAGUUAACAAGAAUGGUGUACUAGAGAUAGGCAAGGUACCAAAUGUCCACUUCUUCAGGAAAGGAACUGUGAGGGAUUGGAACAACUAUUUGACUCCCCAGAUGGCUGAACGAAUAGACCAACUCACACAAUUGAAGUUGCAGGGAAUUGGGCUUUCUCUUGAUGAUUUCUAA